UACCGCUGAACCCUGAUAUACAUGAUGCUGAGGAUAGACUUUUAAGUAUACUAAACUUCAUUUCUAAAGUUAAAAUUAAGCUAAAAAAUUCCACCUUAAUUUAUAUCAACCCUCCAUUCUUUCUGAAAAAUUGCUAAUUUUCCUUCUUCCAAAAAACAACAAAAAUCUCUCCCUCUCUCUCUACUUAUUUCCGUUUUGUUAAAAUCAAUCACAAAAAUAACUUUCAAAAAACAUUUUCUUCUUCUGGCCUAGAUUUGAUUCAUUUCUUCUUUUGUUUUUUUAAACACAUGUUGGAGGUGGGGGGGGAUUGGGGGGUGAAUGACAGAAGAAAAAGCUAUUUUCUCUUUUUUCCUUUUUACUUAAUUUCGAUCCGUAAAAAUUUUUUGCCCGUGGGCAAUGACUAGUUUAUUACUUUAUUUUUGCUUCUUCUAUUCAAGUCAAUUUUGUUGAUUUUUUGAAAAAUUUUUUUGCAGAUAAAUCAGAGGAUUUUUUUCUUUAAUCUCCUUUCAGUGUUUUUUUCUCUUAUUUGUAUUUUUGUGUUUUUUAAAUUUUUUUGUGUUUUUCCCUUAAAUUUGCUCUAAAUUUUAAUUAUUCUGUCUCUCUCUUGAUUUCGUAAAACACAUAUAUAUUCCGGAAAGUUUCCGGAAAACACACACGGAAAACACAUACCUAUCUAUUGUCUUUAUUUUGUAUUUUAUUAUUUCCAGAUUUAAUUACUUUCGGAAAGGGUACACAUCUAAUAUGUAUUUCUGUAUUUUUACUUUGUAUUUUUUUGUAUUUUUUAAUAUUUUUAUUAUUUUUAAUAGAUAGUCGGCUUUUAAAAAAUGCCGCAACCUCCCAAUUCAUUAAAUAUUAUCAGGAGGUUUUUAAAUAUUUUAUUUUCACUGCCAACAAAAUUUAUUUUAAUUUUAUUCACUUUAUUUAUUGGAAUUGAAGGAUUUAAUGUUGACACUAAAAAUGCUCAAAUACAUAGACGUCCAAAUACUGGAUUUGGAUAUACUGUAGAUUUUGCUUAUAGAGACUCUAGAAAUAGAAAAUUAACAUUGCUAGUAGGAGCUCCAUUUGCCCAAACCUCACAACGUCGGCUUCAAAACACUGGUGCUGUUUAUGGUUGCGAAGUAGAUACUAAUUUAUGUGUAGAAAUAUUUUUUGACCAAAAAGGAAAUGAGCUCAGGCUUAACGGCACUUCUCUUUUACCAAUAGAAGAAAAAUCACACCAAAUGUUUGGGGCAACUAUAGUUGCUUCUAAAAAUGGAGAUAAUGUUUUAGCUUGUGCUCCCCACUACAAAUAUUUCUUUGCCAAAUUUGAUGUUGUAGAGCCUGUAGGAAGUUGUUAUUAUUCUCGAGAUUAUUUUAGUAAAAUUCAAGAAUUUGCUCCUUGUAGACAAGAACCUGCCCGUCACGGCCACCACCGUUUAGGUUAUGGAAUGUGUGGAUUUAGUGCUGCUGUCCCCGAUUUUGGGAAUGAAAGACUAUUUAUUUCUGCACCGGGUGCGUGGUAUUGGCAGGGAUCUGUAUUCUCUCAAAAUAUUCACAAUAUAACAGACAGGCCAAAUACGGCUGAUGGACCUGCUUAUACUGACAAUCAAGAGCUCGGUUAUUCAACAGCAACAGGGGACUUUGACGGUGACAAACUUGAUGAUAUUGUUGUUGGAGUACCUAGAGGGAAUGAAUUAAUUGGAAUGGUUUCAAUUUACUCGAGGCAACUCAAACCAAUUGCUAAUUUAACAGAAAAAGAUGGACAACGUGGACAAUACUUUGGGGCUUCUGUGGCAGUUUUAGAUUUUAAUAAUGAUGGACUUGCGGAUAUUGUUGUUGGUUCACCUCUCUAUAUUAACUGGGCAAACGUUGAUGGAAAGACACAGGAACGAAAACCUCAAUAUGAUAUUGGAAAAAUUAGUGUUUAUAUUCAAACGGGGAUUGGCACAUUUCGAGAACCCGUUAUUAUUUUGGGGCAUGAACAGUGGAGCCGUUUUGGUUAUUCUUUGGCGGCUGCAGGGGAUUUAAAUGGGGAUGGAUUUCAAGAUUUACUUGUCGGUGCGCCUUAUGAUGGGGAGGAUGGGCGUGGUAUUGUCUACAUAUUUCAUGGUUCUUCAGAAGGAAUAAGGGAAAAAUAUACACAAAAAAUUCUGGCUAAGGAUGUUCACCGAGACAUGCGAACUUUUGGAUUUUCUCUACGCGGCGGUAGAGAUGUUGAUGGAAAUGGAUAUCCUGAUAUAGCUAUUGGGGCAUUUAAAAGUAACCAGGCAGCAGUUCUUCGAAGCCGUCCAGUAAUCCAAGUAGUUGGUUCUGUUCGAACUACAAGAAAAACAAUUAAUUUGGAUGAGAAGCAGUGUGUGACAGAGUUUGGGAAAAUGCCUUGUGAUCGUCUUAGACUUUGCCUUAAAUAUACAGGCAAACUAGCAGGUGCUGAUCAUCAACAGAUUGCUCUCAAAGUAGAAAUCCACCUUGAUGCCCUCAAAAAAGGACUUUCCUCUCGAGCAUUUUUCUCUCGUGCAGAAUUGGAAAAGCGGAGAGAUUCUAAUAUUCGAGUACAUCCAGCAUCUUCAAGUAGAGAUCAGCCUGAUAGAAUUGAGCAUACCUUAACGCUCACAAAGGGGCGGGAGCACUGUGAAAGUUAUGAAAUAUAUGUUCCGGACACAAUUCGGGAUAAAAUUUCACCAAUUCUCAUUUCUGUUAACUACAGCUACGUGGAAAGUGGCAUUCCUGGGCGUUUAGAACCUGCUGUAGAUACAACACUUGUGGAGGGGUUAGAUACAGAAUUAAUUAUAGAAAAGGACUGUGGGGAGGAUAAUAUCUGUGUUCCUGAUUUACACAUUACUGCUAGACCAGCAAAAGAUAAAUUUACAAUUGGAGCUAUAGACCAAACAUUAAUUCUCAAUGUGAGUGUGGAGAAUAAAGGAGAGGAUUCGUAUUUAACACAAUACACGGUGUCUAUCCCUCCAGGCUUUGAAUAUGGAGGGAUUGAAAAUUAUGAAACAAAAUAUUCUGUCAGUUGUUCCCCAGCAGAACACCAACAAAUAAUUCAAAAAAAUAGUCAACAACCUUAUGAGUUUAUUUGUGAUAUUGGCAAUCCUCUCCCAGCGGGGGCUACAGCUAAUUUUGGAUUUAAACUAAGAGGACAUGAUGUGGAUAUGUCUAAAGAGUUUGUAGAGUUAAGGAUGGGUGUAAACAGUACAAAUGAAGAAGCAGCAGGUGCUGAUGGCGAUAAUCAAAUGGUUUUGCGUAUUCCGAUAGAGGUUAAUGCCCAACUUGGUUUGAUUGGAAGGAGUACUCCCCCACAAGUGGAUUAUUCUGUGCGUAAUCGAACGCCUGGAGUGGCGGCCACGUUUGACUUUGAUAUUGGACCUACAGUUAGCCACCUUUUCCAGGUUACAAACAGAGGCCCCAGUGCCAUUAGCGGUGCCACUCUCGAUAUCUUUUGGCCUUCAUUCUCCGAAGGAGACCGUUAUCUUCUAUAUUUGAUUGAUCAACCUUUUGUUAGCGACACAACAAAAGCAAAAUGUCGAUUAAAUCAACCUCAACAUAUUAACCCGGCAAAUUUAGCGAUUUCUAACGUUCAUAUGGCUACAGCUAGCCCAAUUGGGGCUCAUGGUAUUGAAGAAGAAGGAGAAGUAAAUGUUGAACCUGAAGAGGAGGAGGAAGAAGAAUUUGAAACACCUCAAAGGCAAAGUAAUAAACAUAAGGGAUGGGCUGUAGAAGAUGGAGAAAAUGAGGAUGAAAAUAAUCUGGAAUAUCAGGAUUAUAAUCCAAAUAAUCCAAGAAAGCGUCGACAAACCGCUGUUCAAAGAAAUCUUAGAGCUCAGAAACACAUGUUACGUGAUGCUGUCCAACAUGCAAAACAAUCUGGGGGUGCUACAGAAUAUCAUGGAUUGUUGGGAAGGAAUACAAUUAACUGUGCCGCACUAAAUUGUACACACAUUGAAUGUGACAUUGGCCGUUUGGAAGAAAACGAAUUUGUUUUAGUUGAAGUAUUUUCUCGAUUAUGGCUGAAUACUUUAAUUGACGAGAAUCACCUUGAUGGGGAAAUUUCUUCAAUAGCCUUAGCUAGAAUCUCCGCAUUGCCAUUUGCCCCCAAAUAUUCACCACCUGCUUUGUUAAUUGCUGUUAAUACAGAAGUGAAUCCGACAGAUCCAGAAGCAGGCAUUUGGGAACUACCGGUUUGUAAAAGAGAAAACGUUAAACAUUCGAAAGUUAAAUAA